AUGGCUUCGAUCUUACUUCAUGUAUAUGAUAAAGAAAACAGCGAACACAGCGAAAGAUUAGAACUUUAUGAAAACGAGCUGAAAAAUAAUCUGACCAUGUAUUCUUUUACAACAUACGAAGCUAAUGAUAAGAAUCAGAGGCACAUGCCGAUGCUUGUAAUCAUGGACAAAAGAACAGAAGACCUCAUGGAUUGUUUUAAGAGUUUGGAUGAAGAUCUGAUCAAAAAUCAGUAUGGUGGAAGUGUCGUUAUAGUGGUGUUGUGUACAGAUUUUAACAUCAACUUCGACAAAGGCAACUACACUUUGGUUGAGGAUAUCGUACAAGUUCAUUUUGAAUGCAAUACACUUGAACCAAAUGGACGACUCCAUUUAAUAGGAAAAGAUUAUGCUGUGGAAAGAAUUCGAGCUGUGUUAGACAAGAUAAAAGUUCUGAUAUAUGAUGAAGAGAAAGGAAAAUCAACAAAGUGUUUUGUUGCUGCCUUAGAAAAAUGUCUCCCCGAAUUGAGAUUCAAAGAUUUUGACCGCGCUACUGACGUAGAAAAGGCAUAUUUUUAUAUUAUUGCAGUUCUACGCCAGACAUCAAUACGCAUUGAAGAAAACAUUAACCCGUUAAAGAUGCAAUUAGAAAGAAAAAAUGUUAACCCGAAAAAAGUAAUCGUCACAUACUUUUAUAUGUGUAAGCCAGAUGAAACGUUUCAAGAUUUAAAGGCUGAACGGUUGUACUUUGCGAAUACAGUAUUAAUGGACUUCAUCGACAAGGACCUGGAGGCCGGACCUUUCCGAUUAUGUCCCAUUUGGCGAGUUCCGAAAAAGAUUAACGCAGUUGCUUUACAGGAACUGAAAAAAUCAACACAGUUAGAAAAUAUCAGAAUGGAAUGGUUUGUCGAUUACAUUGAAUCCAAUACGCCACUUAUCAACAAAUUUGUUGAGGAAUUAAGCAAAUCCAUUCCAAGCUCACUUCCUUUACGAAAGGUUAUUGACCUGAAAAGUGUAACCUCCCCGACUUUGGUUUUCUGUACAGUGAAUCAGGAGCAACACGAAGUAAAAGGAGACAUGGGGAAAGUUAUCCUUUUCCACAUCAUUGAUCCCGAUUCGGGCAUGAACCCUCAAAGUGGGCCUUGUCAACAAUACGGACAGACUUGGAAGGUAUAUCAUAGCGAUGGAAAAUUUCAUGUGGAAAUGAAUUUCUUGAAAGAGUUUGAAAGCUUUGUUCGCAUGUGUUACAGACAGAUGUAGCAAGUAUCGCAAAUGAACCCUCUUUUAGUUGCAGAUAUGCAUCUAUAUGCAAUUUCGUGCAGGAACGUGUCUUCAAUCCACUAUGAUAUAAAUAUUCUACGAUAGAUUAUCUUCACUCAUGAAUAGAUUAUCUUCACUCAUGAAAUUAGUAAUUGAUAUAUUAAAAAGGAACUGACAGUACCAUUAUUAUCUUCACUUGUAUAUAUUUGAAUAUGUCAUGUUUACAUUUUAUACUAUUUUAUUAGAUGUGCGGGGAAAUCGGGAGAUGAAUAUGACCUAAGGCGCUAGGCUCCGAGUGUUUCAUUGGUGUUAUCAAGGCUAUAUACUCUUGUAUAUAUAUAGUCAGCAACUUAUAUUACGAAUUUAUGAUAGCGCAAAUGUUAGUGACGGAAACUUUAUGAGAAAACGAAGAAAUUUUAGACUGUUUUUUUUUAAAAGCGCGGUGAAAAAGACACAGCUUAAUAAGAUAAUAGCAGACGUUCAAUGGCUUCGCGAACGCUGUGCAAUGAAAAUGUAUUCAAAUAAAAAGCCAUCAUGGCGGUAUACCUUUUUUCUUCUUUUUGUGAUAAUGACAUUUGUAUCGAGAAAUGUGCCAUAAAGAACAAAACGCAUCUACUGAUUUUAUAUAACUUUGAUGAAAAAAAUACUUUGUUAUUUGUGCGCACUUCGGUUCUUCACGGUAUGAAAGGUAUUGUAUACAAGUAUAUAAUUGUUUCAUACAAUCAAAAUUCGUGGAAAUUAUUAAAAUUGCUAGAAAAUAUAUAUGAAUUACGUAAUCCCUGGUCAUGUUUUAUGACGUAUUCAUUUAUACAUUGUAUCUUGUUUUAUUUUUCAAGUAAUAGACUGAAACUAUCACACUUGCACAGUUUUGUUUUAAUUAAUGUAAAGUCUCCAUAAUAGCCUAAACUUGAUAUAUUAAUUAUAAAAAAGGUUAACCUCUUCAUUUGGAGGCUGCAAGAUAUAAAGUAGUUUAAACUUUAUGCGUUUUUCAUGUUCAAGUUAUGUUUGUCAAUUUAAAUAACAAAUGUCCACUUAAACAUAUAUAUGGUCAGUGUUAACUUUUGCAUGAUUAAACGCUUUUUUGUAUUAAAUAUUGCGUUAUAUUUUUGCUUAUAUUUUCAAGCUAGAACAUUGACUUUCAAAUUUGAAUAAUUUAUCUUCUUUAUGGACAUUUUUUUCUAGGCAGUGCAGUUAAAAUUAUCAGACUU